AUGGGUUACAUGAUUUUCCAAAAAGGUAGAUAUGAUAAAGUGGAUUUUACCAGAAAAGACUUACAUAACCACAUUAGUAAGACUAGGCGUGGCAAAGUGAAAGACGGUGAUGCAUUUGCUGCGUUGGCCUAUCUGUUUUCUAAGGCAGAUAGUGACCCGUUAUUUCUAGGAAAGUUCACCUUAAAGGAUGGUAGGUUGGAUAAUUUGGUGUGGGCUGAUGGAGAAAGCGUUGUUGAUUACGAAUGUUUUGGCGAUGUACUGGCUUUUGACACCACUUACAAGAAAAAUGUAUACAACAAGCCCUUAGUCAUAUUUUCAGGAACCAACCACCAUGGUCAGACAACUAUCUUUGGAUGCGCUCUGCUCUCAGAUGAAAGGUCCGAAACUUUCAAGUGGGCACUGAAGGAAUUUUUGAAAAUCAUGUCAGAAAAACUACCCGGAGGCGUUGUGACAGACGGAGACCGUGCUAUGAGAGAGGCUAUCUUAGAAGUAUUUCCCUGUAUACCACACUGCCUUUGUGCAUGGCAUCUCCAUCGUAAUACGAGAUGGAACGAGAUCAUAUCCAAAUACGGACUUGUCGAGAAUGAAUGGGUUCAGGGCAUUUAUAAUGACAGAAUGAAGUGGGGUACCGCAUAUUUGAGGGAGCACUUCUUUGGCCGCAUAAGAACUACAUCACAGUGUGAGGGAAUUCAUUCAUUAUUGAAGAACUAUGUUGACAGUAAAACCAGUCUCCUUGAAUUCAUGCAUAAAUUUAGUGAAGUACUAAGGCAUUACCGAAACAACCAUCUUACGGCUGACUUUGAAACCUUUUAUAAGUUUCUUGUUUUGACUACGUGCUUGGAAAGUUUUGAGAAACAAGCUGCUGAACUUUAUACUAGAAAUAUUUUCAAACUUGUGAAAGAUGAGAUAGAAGCAGCAGGUGCCUUAAAUGUGACUGAAUGCCCAAACAGUGGAGACAUUGUUGAGUACAACACGACCAACUAUAGGAAAAUCUCAGGUGAGUUACUUAAGCUAAUUUCGAAUGUGCAAAAUAAAGGUGAUGCACAAGCGAGGCUUUUCCCCACGUCAGCGCUAAUAGGUGAUCCAGCUGUUGUGAAGUCAAAAGGGGCUCCAAGAAAGGUUCCAAAAGGCCAAAAGAGGCGUAGAUGUUCGCAUUGUAAAUCAAGCAGGCAUUUCGUUAGGACAUGUCCAUUACUCGCCAAGGAGGACUCCCCCGCCGAAUACUCAAAUGCCGAAGAUGAACCAACGGUUGAAGAAUGUGAUGCCAAUAAACAGACUCCCUCUCGGAACACAAAAUCAGUAGAAAAUACACCCGUGCACAAUAACAAUAAUUUUAAAGGCUGUAGAAGCAAAAAGUCUGUAUCUAAAUUGACAGAGACACCGAAGAUUAGAGCAAAUGGCAAAAAAAGUCGACAGAAGACCGAAAAAAUCACGAUAACUCAAGAGACAUUAAAAGAUAAGACCAACACAUCAGGAAUAGAAGUGACCGAAGUUCCAGAUGCAGCCAUAACCAAGAUACCAGGAUUGCCACAAUAUCCUAUGCAUCAUUAUCCAGUGGUCCUUCCUUAUCAACCUUAUGGUGGAGUCCUCCCUAUUCCUUUUCAUCCUGUUCCAAAUGGCAUAGCGUACUUCAACCAAUAUCCUUCUACUGCCGGAAUUACAUCAUAUCCUUAG